CCCCGCGGUGCGGGGCAGGGCGGGCGGCAUGGAGCUGAUGGUGCUGCUCAAUGCCCUGGUCACCCGCCUGCUCUUCGUCUUGCACUCGCUCAUCGGGGUCUGGAGAGUGACCGCCGUGAAGAAGGAACCCAAGUACUGGCUGCUGGCGCUGCUCAAUCUUCUCCUGUGCCUGGAGACAGGGCUCACCCUCAAGUUUAAGCAAGGCAGAGGCUACAAAUGGUUUUCACCAGCAAUAUUUUUAUAUCUGAUUUGCAUAGUACCAUCACUAUGGCUACUAGAAAUUCAUCAUGGGACUCAGUACUGUGGCAAUGAGCCUGGGGCUGUUCAGGUCAAUGUCAGCAAUCAAGACUUCAAUCAAUCCAGAGAGAGCAGUCAUGGAAGUGAGGGAACAGACCACCACAUCAUUCAGACGGCUAAAGUCUUUGUCAAUCAGCUCUCCACAAUCUGUGAGACAGUAUGGACACUGGCCCUCCACCAGACUUUUCUACUGCUAUUAGUAGUUGGGAGAUGGCUUCUCCCCAUUGGAGUUGAAAUCACCCGGGAUCAAUUGUCUCAGCUGCUUCUUAUGUUUGUGGGAACAGCAGCAGAUAUACUUGAAUUUGCUAGUGAGACCUUGGACAUUGAAGAUGUUCGGAAGAAUUACGCUCUCAUAAAUGCAAUUCUUGCUGUAUGGACCUGGAGUAUGUUACAGUUUCCACUUGAUCUUGCAGUACAGCAUAUUGGCUGCAAACCAAGCGCGUCGACCAGGCGGAUCCCCAGCCUGCUGCUGUGCAGGUACAGUGCGGAACUGUGGAACAUUGGUGUCAGUCUUUUCAUACAGGAUGGCCCCUUCUUCAUUGUGCGUUCAAUUCUCAUGGGCCACUUCAGAAUAUUCAAUCAGAUGCUGGUGUUUUUUACAGCUAAGAAUAUCUUAGUUGUGACUCUGCAGUUGUACCGGCUGGCAGUGAUCACCUUAGACUUCCGUAGUACCGUUCUGCAGAAGAGCAGGAAAGGAGAAGUCUGUUGCUGCCCAUGUGAGCCUUAUGAAGCUCAUGCUCAUGCUACUGGUCGCCAAGAGAACGAAAUGAAAGAGUUUGUUGCUGUUCCUCCAAAAGAGGAAUCCCAAGCUCCAUCAGAAGAUCACUGAGCAAUUACUGACUUGGAAGAGGUUGCAUUUCCCACAGCUUCUUCAGAAGGGCUUUGUCAGUUUCUGUGAUGAAAUACAUCUUGAGUGCCUAAGUCAUCUUUUCCAUCAAGAGAACAUUCAUUUCUUCUAAACUGUAGGGGAACUUUCCUCAAGCAAAUUCUUAGCAAUGGGACCUUUUUUAAAUCCAUUUGUACGGUGGGUUUUGACUAGUUCCAUAUUAUAUUAUUCACAGGGAUUUUGUAGCCAUAGUUUGUAGUAUCAAGAAAGGUUGGGAGCACUAAAAGAAUGGUUAUUACCAUUGGCGGCAUUGUGCUGACCUAUGUGCUUGCAUGAAUUCAAGUGGAAGGACAAGCCUGUCCUUUAUAGGAAGCACAAAAGCAUUGAGCUCUACUAGAAUGGUAGGGCUAUGACUACAGCGUGAUAAACAAUGUUUGCUAUGUACAGGAGGAACUUCAGCAGCAACAACUGUGCAGGCAUGUUAGUGCUAUUACUGUGACAUGAGAAUAUUGUUCAUUCCAGAAAUUUAAGGAAACCUUCGUCAGAUGUUACCUCAUCUUUGGCUGGAUUCAAUUUAGAACUAUGCAAUUAAGAACAUCCACCAUGAAACUACAUACAAAAGACUCUUAUGACCUGUCUGAAAAACCUAAACCUUAACAAAAAGAAAAAUCAGCCCCUGAAUCACUGGAAGCCAGCUGCAUUUCCUACAGAGUUGCUUGCCUUUCGAUUUCUACCAGUUAGAACAUACACACAACACACAUGGAGAAAACCUCACCUAAAUAUUUGUAAAUACUUUUUUCUUUGUGAUUUUACA